UAAUUCGGUGUUCAUUGAGAUUGGUUUGUGCUAGCUUGCCGGAUUCGGUAAGUCACGGGUUUUGGAGUUUUUUUUUUUUCUUUUUCUGGGCUCGUGGGAGUUUGUGAUUGGAAUUGGAAUUUUUGAAGUUCUGUGGUUCUGCUCAUGCCAUUCCCCCCCAAAGGUUGUGUGACAUUGUGUUGGAUGAAUUAGGUCACUAAUGCUGCUUCAAGGUUUCAAAGGAUUUGCAAUGUUUCAAGAUUCCUGCGCAUGUCAAUUUUGAUCCUUUUGUCUUCAGUUUGUCCAUCUAGUGCUGCAUAAAACCACUAUUGCAGUUGUUUCAUUGCUACAUUAACUGCUAUACACAGUUAUCGAGAUAUAAAAAAUGAGCAAAUAUGGUAUGCUGGACAAUGUUUUAAAUGAUAUACUUAAGGCAGUGACACCCUUGCAAGAAGAUUGGGCAGUUCGAUUUGGGAUUGUUAAUGAUCUGCGAUUAGUUGCAGAAUCUGUCGAAAGCCUGAGAGGAGCAACCGUGGAGCCAUUUGGGUCGUUCGUGUCUAAUCUCUUUACGCGCUGGGGUGACUUGGAUAUCUCGAUUGAGUUAUCAAAUGGUUCACAUAUUUCAUCUGUUGGGAAAAAACAUAAACAAACAUUAUUGGGGGAUCUUUUAAAGGCUUUGAGAGCAAAAGGUGGGUGGAACAACUUGCAGUUCAUAAUCAAUGCACGAGUUCCCAUUUUAAAACUUAAACGCUACCCACCGGGCAUAUCUUGUGAUAUUUCGAUUAAUAACCUGCAGGGCCAAAUGAAAUCCAAGAUACUGCUUUGGAUCAACAAAAUAGAUGGCCGCUUCCAUGAUAUGGUUUUACUGGUCAAGGAAUGGGCCAAAGCACAUAAAAUCAAUAACCCAAAAACUGGAACGUUCAAUUCUUAUUCCCUCAGUUUACUUGUAAUCUUUCACUUUCAGACUUGUGUUCCUGCAAUUUUACCACCACUCAAAGAUAUAUACCCUGGCAAUAUGGUCGAUGAUCUUAUAGGUGUUAGAGCUGAUGUGGAGGAUCUUAUUGCAGAAACAUGUGAUACCAAUAUAAACAGAUACAUAUCAGACAAGUCCAGGCUGAAAAACAAAAAAUCAUUGGCUGAACUUUUUGUUGAAUUCCUAAGAAAGUUUGCUCAGAUGGAUUCAUGGGCAUCAAAGAUGGGAAUUUCACCACAUACUGGACAAUGGGAGCAGAUAAAGGACAACACGAGAUGGUUGCCGAAGACUUAUGCGAUAUUUGUUGAGGAUCCUUUUGAGCAGCCACAAAAUACUGCAAGAUCUGUCAGCAGUGGACAUCUACCAAAGAUAGCGAAGGCAUUUCUAGAGACGUAUAGCAUACUCAUCUCAAAGAGUCAGACUCCAAACUCUCUCCUGAUCUACUUGGCACCACCCCAUGUGACGAGAUACAUUACGAAACCUGCUAUCCCAAAUUAUGGUGGUGGUUACCUUCAUCCACCUCAGCCUCAAGUUCCAAGACUUGUACGGCCACAACCACCCCCACAGCGUCAUCCUCAGCAACUUCCACAGCAUCGCAUUCAAAAUGGCAGUGAAGGAUCAAGCUCCAACGGUUCAAUUUCAGGUGGCAGUAAAGGAUCAAGCUCCAACAGUUCAAUGUCGAGAGCACUGGCUAUGCAGGCACAAAAAAGGCAGCAGAUAUGGAGGCCAAGGAUCAUCCAAUAGAUGAGUUGGCAGCAAAAAAUAGAGUCUCUAAUUACAUGUUUCAACACUUGCUUUCCGGUAUACAAGUAACUAGUGUCAUGUGAUUUGUUGUGUUAUAAGAUAGAUUAUAGCUACCUUGAUAUUUUUUGCCCUCAGGGGAUCCAAAAGUGAUAAACAUUAUGAAUGUCACUUAAAAACAUUUUUUUGGUGGGGAAUUAAUUGACAUUUGAUUGCUGGAUUA